GAAAUGUCUGACACGAUCUUUGGUUAGUUAUGUCCAAAUUAUUAAAUAAUGAAGAUUUUCAAAUCGAACCGCCUGAUAAAUGUCGUCACAAUAAGAUUGCCCAAAAUAUUAAGAAAAUCUAUCAUCAUGGCCAACCCGUACGUAUUAGGACAGUUACACAUUUAACAAGAUUAGGACUAGAACCAGCAGGUGCCAUAUGCGAAAAAGCAAAUCAUACAAAGUUUCAAUGUGCUUGUGAAAGAGGAAAGUUGCAACAAAAGGACAUUAGGGUUGAUGGUAAAGCUAAUCAGGGCCAGAUAAAAUGUAAUUGGCCUAUAUUUUCCUAUAUUGUCACCACAUUCAAGGAAAGAAAUUCCGAUUUGGAAGCAGAAAAAAAGUCUUCUGCUGGGAAGCAUACAGAAAGAGUAAGAUCACCUUUAAUUUCCAAAUUUCGUGAAAAUCAUAAAAAGUCCAAAAACUAUCUGGCGGGCCAUAAACCUUUAACCAUCUGGUUGAUGAAACCCGUAAAAGCAAUGAGAAGUUCUAGUACUGAGAUAACUACGGAAAGAAAGGACUUUGAGGAAAAUUUUAAAAAUUAUGUUAAGCCCAUGGGAAGAGUUUGGUUUAAAUACCCUUUGCAUGAACUGGGUAAGGUUAACUCAAUAAAAUACCUUCGCCAAGUUUUCACUAAAGUAAAAACCCAUGGAAAAUCUAAACAUAAACUGAAAAACAAUCCAGAAGCUCAAAGGCUUACUAAAACUUUUGUAAAAUCUAAGUUACGCUUGCAUUCCCUAUGUCAGGGGUAUCCUUUGUCCAACUCCUCCUCUGGUACUAAAGAAUGUGUUCUCCAAAGAGAAGAUAAGACCAAGACAAUGAAUCAGGAUUUAAUUUACCUAAAGAAAUUUGAAACUGUUGUGGAAUUUUACAAUGCUCAUAUUCAACUUGAGGACAUGCAAUACAAGGAUGCCUAAAACGAUGAAAAUUUUCAAAUGUUUUUGUUGUCAUCAUUUUUGUAUAUUUCAAUAAAUUUUGUUAUCUAAUAAAAUAGAAAAUAUAUAAAUUUUGAUACAUUUUAUUAUAGACCAACAAAUUUUCGAUAAAUUUUGUUA